CUCUAAGCUGUCUGCUUGCCAGUAGAAUCAAAGAGAUCAAGUUCGAUCGGAUUACACACUGUCGGAACAAUAGGUGUUAGCCUCUCAAGGGUUUUUACCUGGAGUUUGUAUUCUGUGCCAUUCUACCAGAACUGUGUACUGUGUGUGUGUGUGUAAACCUGCGUGUUGGAUUUUUCUGUGUGAGAUAUUGACGGAAAUAGCGUCAGCUGACUGUGUUACAGGCUGGUAUUUUACAUACCCACAGUUCGUACUUGUAUUCAUGACGGCAUUCAAGAAUGUUGGCAUUCCUGGCAGAGCUUUUCGUGACAGUUCUUGAAGAUCAAGUCAUUGUGGCAACGUUUAUAUUGACGGCAACUACGUCAAUUUUAUACGUAUUUUUAACCAUCUGUCAGAAUAGAUUUGGCAACAAGAAAGAAAAUGUUGUUUAUGAAAAAGUGAGUAAAGAAAAUCCAGAUAUGGCAGAAGUGGAAUUACCGAGGAAGGAAGCGGACAUUCGUGGAGAGGGCGCCACUGUCAGACGAAUUAACUCAGAGGUUUCGUUCUAUGAGGAAGAAAAAGACAAUAUUAGUAGUAAAAAUGAUCCUUAUAAAGCUUUAGAACGUUCUCAGUCUGAGGCAACUCUGCCCUGGAAUUCAGAAUGCGAUGGCGCCUUCGAUUUUCCUACCAGUCUACGUGAUUUUGAGGCUGCUCACAGUGGUCACAAUGUAUCUGAAUGUACGAAAGUGUAUUUUGAUCUAUCAAGAGCUGAACCAUAUGAAAAGGUUCAGCAUUGUGAAAGUACAACAAGCAUGAAGCAGGUUUACUCUGGAAGAACUCUGGAACCAAUUCCGCAAGAUGAAGAACUUCAGACUGGAGAUUUAUCUCAUAUUUAUGCUAGUCAGCGUUCAAUAUCUAACGAUAGCACGUCCAGUAACGGGAGUGGUGACGUUAAUGAUAUUGGUUAUAAUUAUAAAGGGGUGACAACUACUAAAGAGGUCAGCACAUCAUCAUCAUCAUCGUCAAUAAAAGUCACAAAGACGACGAAAAUACAAGAAAUGUCGAAAUCAAAAGCAUCUGUUAAAUCUAGUUUCCAGAUUUAUGCACAUUCCUUGAAACAGAAAAUCCGACAGCUACAAAUGGGAUCUGUGCCGGAGCAGAUUAUAGCUAUGCAGGAGAUGAACACGUUAAUGGAGCAGGCAUGGUCCAUGCCUAUAUAUGGUCGUGAGGUAGCAUAUGGUCUGUGCGAUAUUUUACGUGAGGAACACGCUUUUGAAAUUAUUGUGAACAACUGUGCCUCGACAAACAGGGAAUUAUUACAAGCGUCUGCUUUGCUUUUGGAGCAGACGUUGACAACAGGGAAUCGUAUUCAAGUUGCAGAUACAGGAUUAGAAACUGUGGUGAAAAUGACAGUCGAUACAAAAUCUGACAAUGGAAUAGCAGAGACUACAACAGGCAUUUUGGAAAGUUUAUUCAAAACCUCAGAAGAAACGUGCUCACGUGUUAUUUAUUUAGGCGGUUUGGACGUGAUCAUUCAUUGGUGUCGUUGUAGUGAUAUAAUGAUUCUGCGACAUUGUGCAAUAGCAUUAUCUAAUCUUGCCUUGUAUGGAGGCUCUGAAAAUCAACAGGAAAUGACAAAGCGUAAAGUACCAGAGUGGUUAUUUCCCCUUGCUUUCAGUGACGAUGACAGUGUACGAUAUUACGCAUGUUUAGCUUUAGCAGUGCUUGUUGCGAAUAAAGAAAUAGAAAUGUCCGUGUUAAAUUCUGGGACUUUGGAACUAGUUCUUCCAUUUAUCGAGAGUCAUAGUCCAGACGAAUUUGCACAAAUGGAUAUAACACAUCGUCAUGGUCGAUCAACGGGCUGGUUAAAAAGACUAGUGCCAGUUUUAUCCAGUAAACGAGAGGAAGCCCAGACGCUGGCUGCCUUCCAUUUUGCGAUGGAGGCAGGAAUCAAAGCAGAGCAAGAAAGAAGAGAUAUUUUGUAUGAUAUUGGUGUGAUAGAGCCUUUAAAACAACUUGCCAGUUCUCCUAAUUGUACAGCUUCCAGGCUGGCAGCACAAGCCCUUAAAAUAAUGGGUGAAGAAGUUCCGAAAAAACUUUCUAAACAAGUUCCAUUAUGGUCAGUUGAAGAUGUCUCUCACUGGGUUGCACAGGUUGGUUAUGGUGAAUAUUGUGAAAGGUUCGAAGAUUGUCAUGUUGAUGGUGAUAUUUUAUUACAACUAACAGAUCUAGAAUUAGCAGAAAGUUUAGAUAUGACUUGUAGAAUAGCACAAAAAAGAUUUUUAAGAGAGUUGAAAGAUUUAAAAAUUACUGCUGAUUACACGUCAUGUGAUCCGUAUAAGCUAGCUGAAUGGUUAGAAGAAAUAUCACCUGAGUUUGCCCAGCAUACGUACAGUAUGUUAAGCUGUGGUGUAGAUCGUCAAUCAUUACAGUUCUUAACGGAUGAUCAUCUCAGAUACGACUGUGGUAUCUAUAAUGGUGUCCAUAGGAUGAAACUUCUAGAAAAAGUUAGAAAACUUAAAAAAAAGUGUGAUGGUAUGACAGAAAUAGCUGGUGAUAUUACUGAUGGAUUAGAAUCUGUCAUGAAGACAAUUGAUUGUUUCAUUAGUUAUAGAAGAUCAAACGGUUCUCAAUUAGCCAGUUUAUUAAAAGUUCAUCUACAGUUACGAGGUUUUUCUGUGUUUAUUGAUAUAGAGAGAUUAUCAGCUGGUAAAUUUGAUGAGAAUUUAUUAAAGAGUAUUAAACUAGCUAAAAACUUUCUACUUGUAUUAACACCUAAUGCUCUAGAUCGAUGUAUUGAUGAUCAGGAGAGUAAAGAUUGGGUACAUAAGGAAAUAGCAGCAGCUAUAGAAGGAGGUUGUAAUAUCAUACCAUUAAUGGACAAUUUUGAUUGGCCACCAGCAGAUAAAUUACCAGCAGACAUGAAAAAUAUUGUGUUUUUUAAUGGAAUUAGGUGGAUUCAUGAUUAUCAAGACGCAUGUGUCGAUAAAUUAGAACAGUUUUUACGUGGUGAAGUAAAUGUUAGAACACGAGGUAAAUUACAACAUAUGGGUAGCCAGGGUUCGUUUGAUCUGCCUAAUGAUGUCUGUGGUUUAAAUUCAUUAGAUAAUUUAUAGUAGUGUGUGUUUGUUAUUAUUUAUUUGUUUAACUCUAACUAUUUAUUGACAAAUCACAGAAAUAAGAACGGAGAUCAAUUCUGAGAAUAAUGUUUGUGGGUCAUUAUUAUUUGUAUUGCAAGUUUGUUAAGCCUGGUUUUAAAACAAUCUUAAAUUUGUGAAACAUGGAACUUGUCAUACAUAUUGAAAUAAGGCACAUAUAACAGAUUUCGUCAGACCCAAAUUUAGACAUUUUCAGGCACAUUUCCUCUGGUGCCUGUCACCUUGACCCAUAGCUGAUGUCUGUUUUCAGUGUUUUUAUCAAUAUUUUAAACAUGUGUCCAGCACGAAGUUCACAAUGGCCAGAAAUAUUUCAGUAGUACAACAAAAUUAUUAUUUCCAUUAGGAAACAAAAACUUUCUUUCACCUGUGUAUGUUUUGACAAACACCGAGUCUGAUCUAGAGAGAUAUAUUUAUAAAAAUUGAAUGAAAAUCAAAAAAGAAUUAAAUUAAAUUAAAAAUGAAAAUGAAAAUGUUCCCCUUUUUUUUCGUAACAAAUACAGACUGUAAACUGCCUAGUUGUGUUUGCUAUAUAUAUUAUCAAUUCAGACGGGCAGCAAAUUGAAAUGUUUAAGGAAAAUUUUGGCUCUGUUAAAAUGCUGUGAAUGAAUAUUGCUUAAUGUAUAUCUCAUAAUCAAAAUCAUACAAUCAAAAUAUGCCUCAUUGUUGGCUUUCAGAUGUGAGUAAUGAUAAGGCACUACAGAUAAAUAUUUAAUCUAUGUAUGAAAUGAAAUGGGGUUUAACGUCCUACUUUUCUGCACCCACUGGGCUAAUGAAGACAGACGUAUGCCAUACAGUGUGCUAUGAGUGAAAUUUUGUCUGGACAACUGUCAAGGCUUCAUUUACAUACACACAUGUACACUGGAUUUCAGCUUUUUGUCGCAUCCGAACAGCUACACGGUGUCCUUUCCAGGCCCUCUGUCCUGCACCACUGACAAGUGGAAAUCAUGCUGGAAAUCCUGAGUAACUUUCAGGACCAACACCAAAAUCAAACUGCAGACUUCCUGCUUAGUGAGCUAGCGCCUUAGACACUGAUCCACAGCAGCUCCAAAUCUAUUUAUGAAUUCCUCCUUAUCUUAAAAUUUUAUAAAGGGCAUUUAUUAUGAUGAUUUCUAAUUUUACCAGUUUAUUUGCAAGAAGGUUGAAGUAGACGAAAUGCAAGAAAGAUUCACAUAGGCUAUGUUGUCUGAAAUAUCACCCUGUAUGGAAGCAGACGUUAAACCCUAGUGUAGUUGUAGUAACCAUAAACAUAUAAUAAUGAUAUUAUUUAUUGUGAAUUAUACAUUAAAAAUGUCUGACUCAUUAUGGUAUUAAAUGUAGUAUUUAUUAUCCUAUCAGUAUUGUUUUAGUUUUGUAGUUUUCUUAGAUAAUUAAAGGUAAUUCUUUUAAUUUGAUUAAUUUUUACCAGUAUGAUUGAAAUAGAAUAUAGACGAUCUAUAGAUAUUAAAGACAACAACUUGAAGUUUAGCAAAAUAAGCUUGGUUAACUUUGGGUAAAUCUAGGUCCAGUCUUUAAAAUUUUAUUGCUGAUUUAAUUUAUAUGCCCAGUAAUUAAUGCUGAGCAGUUUCAGUCGCAUAUUAAAUAGUACUGGUGAGUGAUUUCUUCAGAUUAAUCAGUCCAAAGCAAUCAUCUUGACAACACAGUAAUUAGUGGUAAUCAUUGUUCUCGACAACACAGUAAUUAGUGCUGAGGCUCAAUGAUUAGUAAUCAGUGACAUCUACACACUAAUUACUAUGACAAGUUUGUUAACAAACUAUUGAUGCGAAGUAGACUAUCAUUGAACAUAAUCAACAUUAUCUUUAAGACUAGAUGUAGAAUGAAAUUGAUAUGUAGCCUAUUGUGUUUGUUUUAACUUCAGUAUCAUUGUAUUAAGAUUGAUAAAAGGGCAUUCAUUAUUUCCAAUACAUUUUGUGCUAUUAUUAUAACUUAUAUUUGUGUUGAGUGAUAUAUUAAUAUAAUCAUAUAUCUAUUUGUUUGUUUGUUUAUUGUAGUUCAACAAUUACUUUAUUACUGACUGUAUUUAAGAUAUGUUUAAUAUUAAAAAAACAAGCAUAUGUAAGUUCUGUAUAUUGUAGGGUACAUUGUACCCUUGUUCAAAGCCGAAAUUAAACUUACAUGCCUGUAGAUGUAAGUUUUGUAUUAAGGGUACAUAAUACCCUAGGCUUAAUAAAAAUCCAAACUGAACUUACAUGGAUGCAACUGUAUGGUGCAUCACGCAAUGGACCUCAGCUAGAAAUACAAAAAAUAUAUCAAUAUCUUUCUAUAUUGAUAGACUGAUAAAUUUAAAGAGGAUAUUGAUGUGGGAUUAAUUAGGACUGUAGGACUAGAAUAUAUAGCAGCUAUUGUCAUUUAUAGAUAGUUUGUGACAUACAAGUAGCCUAUGUAAUUGAGUGAUAAUUUUGAUAGCUUCAACAAGAAAACUAGGUGAAAUUAGUUUGACGAUAACCCAUUACCUUACCAUGUGUAUAAAUGAUGCUGUGUUUAGCUUGUUAUUAUACAUCAGACCGUGUAUGUUUCUCAUUUUGAAGUUCAAAUAGCUAACAAAUGUUUGUUGUACUUUUGUAUUUUACUAUAGUGCUGAGUUUCUAUGGUGCUGCUCCUGCUUAAUCUGAAUUCUCUCUUAAUUCAAGCUUGUACAAACGCUGCAAGAUUUUGUACAGUGUUAAAUUUAUAUUUGAUUACCUUAUAAAACACUUAUCUGAGUAAGUAGUUCCAUGAUUGUUCAAAGGUGUUCUAUUCCCAUAUUAAAACCCUUAAUUCAUCUUGUCCCGCUAAACCAGCUUAUUAAUUUACUGGAGUCCUUAUUUCACAAACUUUGAAAUCUUCUAAAAUUGAUUGUAAGUAAGUAUUCUUAAAACUGUACUCUUAAAACUAUAAGCAUUCUUAAAAUCACAGUAAGUUGUAAUCAUAGUAAGAUAGUAUACUUAAAACUGUAGUAACCAUAGCACUCAUAAAAUUAUAGCAGACACUCUCGAAACCAUAAUAAAUGUAGCACUCUUAAAACCAUAGUACCUAUAGCAAUCUUUUGGCAUUCUUAAAACCCAAAUAAACAUAGCACUCUUAAAACCAUAAUAAGUACAGUAUUCUUCAAGCCAUAGUAAGUAUAGCAUUUUUAAAACCAAAAUAAACAUAGCACUCUUAAAACCAUAGUAAGUAUAGCCUUCUUUAAGCUAUAGUAAGCAUAGCACUCUUCAAAAGUUAAACCAUAGUAAGUUAGCACAUUUAUACUAUAAUGAAAGAACAUUUUCAAAACCAUAGUAAGAAUAGUAUUCAUAUACUGUUUGAAUGGCAUUUAGUAAUUGAACACAUUAAAAUAAACACAACAGUUCUAUGGAUAACAAUUACUAUAUUUCUAUAAAGCUACGUUUCAACAACUAUAGAAAUAUAGUAAUUGUUAUUCAUAGAACUGUUGUGUUUAUUUUAAGAAUAGUAUUCUUGAUAAUAUAGGUGAGCAAUCAAUUUCAAAAGAUUUAAAUUUUUGUGAAUGAAGUCCCAAGUAGCAGAUGUUAUGUUACAAUGUUAAGUUAUUGUGUAAUAAAAUGUAUAAGUGGUAUAACUUGUUCUGUGCUACAAGGAUAUGAAUAUAUUACAUGUACAGUUAUGUUAUUAUUAUUUGUUGUUAUUGAAUCAAAUGAAUUUUAGAUGCAAUAAAAAUGUCAAAACAUU